GGUCCAAGUUGAGCAUCUACCAGGCAAAAUUAGCAGCUUGACUAGAGUUUUAACAACUUCGAUUCGAUUAAUGAAGGACGAAGACGAACGAAUUGAUCAAAAACACAAAAAAGAGGGAGAAUGAUGUCGUUUUGAUCCACUGCAACCGCAACCGCCUCGUCGUCCCUGAACUCACCCAACCCAAAAAUCCCAACAAUCGAAAAUGAGAGUGAGCUCCGGCGAUGGCCUCAGUGGCGGCGCCACCUCCACCGCCUCCCUAACUGCCGCCGCGGCUUCCAGGGACGCCGAGGCCCUCUUCCGCUCCAAACCCAUCUCCGAGAUCCGAACCGUCGAGUCCACCACCCGAACCCAGAUCCAAUCCAAGAUGGAGGAGCUCCGCCAGCUCGUCGGCACCCGCUACCGCGAUCUCAUCGACUCCGCCGACUCCAUCGUCCUCAUGAAGCGCUCCUCCCACUCCAUCUCCCUUAACAUCUCCUCCGUCCACGCCUCCAUCGAUUCCCUCUACGGCAUUGCCUGCCGGGUCAAGUACCUCGUCGACACCCCCGAGAACAUCUGGGGCUGCCUCGAUGAGUCCAUGUUCCUCGAGUCUGCCGCGCGCUACUCCCGCGCCAGUCACGUGCACUCCAUCCUCACGCUCCCCGGUCACGUGCUUUUCCUCUCCAACUUCCCUCUGCUCCAGCACCAGUGGCAGAUCGUCGAUAGCUUCAAGUCUCAGAUCUCUCAGCGCGCCCGCGACCGCCUCUUCGAUCGGGAGCUCCAGCUGCCCAUCUCCUCCUACGCCGACGCAUUGGCAGCCGUUGCUCUGAUCGACGACCUCCGCCCCGAGCACGUCCUCUCGCUCUUCCUCGAGACUCGGAAGUCGUGGGUCUCGCAGAUACUCAACGCCUGCGGUGUCGAUGCGCAGUGCUCCGACGUCGUUUCGGUGCUGUGCGAGGCCUUGAGGGUGAUUCAAGUGACUGUGGGGCAGGUUGGGGAGCUCUUCUUGCGGGUGUUGAACGACAUGCCGUUGUUUUACAAAGUGGUUUUGGGUUCCCCACCUGCAUCUCAACUGUUCGGUGGAAUUCCCAACCCGGAUGAGGAGGUCAAGCUUUGGAACUCGUUCAGGGAGAAGCUGGAGGCCGCCAUGGGAAUGCUGGAGAAGGAUUAUAUUGCCAAGGCUUGUCGCUCGUGGCUUAAGGACUGUGGAGGCCAGAUGGUGGAUAAGAUCAAUGGGAGGUUUCUCAUUGAUGCCAUUGGCAGCGGCCAUGAGCUCGCCUCAGCUGAGAAGUUGAUUAGGGAGACUAUGAAUAGCAAAGAGGUAUUAGAAGGGAGCUUGGAGUGGCUCAAGAAUGUUUUCGGGUCCAACAUUGACCUGCCUUGGAGUAGAAUGAGUGAACUUGUUCUGGGAGACGAUUCGGACCUAUGGGACAGUAUCUUUGAACCAGCAUUUGUCGGGAGGAUGAAGGUGAUUGUGGACCGCAGGUUUGAGGAGCUCACGAGGGCCGUGAACGUUAAGGAGGGUGAACCCAUUGAUUUUCUUGGUGCUGGUGGUGGAAUUUGGUUUGUAGAAGCCAAAUCCAAUCAUGGUAAGAAGGGUACUUCUGCUCUGCCUUGUGAAGAGAAUUGUCUCAAUUUCUAUUUUGGUCCUCAAGCUAGUGGUAUUAGGGAUGCUGUGGAUGGUAGCUGUCAGGGGGUUCUUGAUGACUUACUGUGUUUCUUAGAAUCUCCAAAGGCAGCCCUUAGAUUAAAGGAUCUGGCACCCUAUCUACAAGAUAAAUGUUACCAAACCAUAUCUGUUAUAUUGAUGCAACUGAAUAGUGAGCUUGGGAAUUUGGAAAGUGGCAAAGACAAGCAAGGGCUGGUAACCGUUGAGAGGGCACUUUUCAUUGGGAGACUCUUGUUUGCAUUGCAGAACCACUCCAAACACAUUCCCAUCAUACUUGGCCCUCCAAGGUCUUGGGCAAAUGCAACUGGGUCUGCAGUUUUCGAUAAGUUACCGUCCAUGUUGAGACAAUCUAGAGCCCCCACUGAUUCUCCCGUGCUUGAUAGCCCCUUGGGUUCUAAAAGGCACACUUCAUCUGCUACUGCUGCAUUGCUUGGAGCAAGCCAAAGUGCAAGCCCUAAACUUGAAGAACUUAAUGUAACUAUGCGAGAUCUCCGCAUUAGAGCGCAUGGUUUGUGGAUGUCAUGGUUGUCCGAUGAGCUUUCAGUUAUUCUUUCUCAUGAUCUUGAAAAAGAUUAUGCUUUGUCAUCAUCAAGUCCUCUGAGGGGUUGGGAAGAGACAGUAGUUAAGCAAGAGCAGUCUGAUGAUAACCAAUCAGACCUGAGAAUUUGGCUCCCAUGCAUGCCUUCCCUCUAUGUAACCUCGUUCCUCUUCCGUGUAUGCGAAGAAGUUCAUCGAAUUGGAGGUCAUGUUCUUGACAAAACAAUUCUGCAAAAGUUUGCAUCAAAAUUGUUGGAAAAGGUCAUUGAUAUUUAUGGGGACUUCCUUUCUACUCUAGAGGCUGGUGGAACUGAAGUGUCCGAAAAAGGAGUUUUGCAAGUUUUGUUAGAUUUGAGAUUUGUUGUUGAUGUCCUUUCUGGGGGUGAUUCUAAUGUGAGUGAGGAGCCAUCUAUAAACCUAAAGGCAAAAAGUCCUUUCAGACGGAAGCAGGAACAAAGCCACGUGAAGUCUGUCAUUAGAGAGCGUUUUGAUGGGUUGAUAAAUCGCCUUUCGCAAAGAUUGGAUCCCAUAGAUUGGCUUACGUAUGAGCCAUAUCUCUGGGAAAAUGAGAGGCAAUCAUACCUACGGCAUGCUGUCCUUUUCGGAUUCUUUGUGCAACUUAAUCGCAUGUAUACAGAUACUGUUCAAAAACUUCCUACUAAUUCCGAGUCCAAUAUAAUGAGAUGCUCUUCAGUUCCUCGCUUCAAGUACCUUCCCAUCAGUGCCCCAGCAUUGUCUUCAAGAGGGACAGCUAAGACGUCCAUUCCAACAUCUUCAGAUGAUAUUUCUUCGAGAAGUACCUGGAAAUCUUAUGCAAAUGGAGACCUGUCCAGUAAGCUUGAUUUGGAUGAUAACUCGAGUUUUGGGGUUGCAGUACCAAUUUUUAAAUCUUUCAUGCAGGCUAGAAGCAUAUUUGGAGAGAGCACAUUGAAACUGGGAUCAAUGCUAACAGAUGGGCAAGUGGGCAUAUUCAAGGAUAGAUCAGCAGCCGCCAUGUCGACAUUUGGUGAUAUUCUACCUGCCCAGGCUGCAGGUCUGCUCUCAUCGUUCACAACUUCCAGAUCAGACUCUUGAUUGCCUACAGAAUCCUUCAGUCUUAUCUUCUUUUGGGCAUAUAUAAGUAAUUUUUCACCGUGGAGAAACAGUGGAGUCUCACCAAGCAUGAGAUUAGGGCGCCAGAGUUUGCAGUACUUAUUUGAAACCAGGUAGAAAAGGCCAGUCGGAGGAGGAUGCGUGCGUGAUAUUGUUCCAUGUUCAAAUUCAUAUUCAAUUGUAGAAAUUGUGAAACCCUUCUCAUGUAUUAUUUGUGUAUAACUUUCACCAUACGAAAUUAGCUGUAUGUACUCUUAACAUGUUAGUUAUGAGUUUUUACAUAAAUGAAUAUUUUUUUCUUCAUAA